AUGCACUGCCAGUGGUGUGAGAGCUCCCAUCACACCGUGGAGGAUUUUCAGGCGAUGAGGGAGUCUACCACCCCCAAGGAGCAAACCACCAGUCCCCUAGGGACCACCUGGAUUCCAAAGGCCUCCUUACCAGCCCAGACAAGGGCAAUUUCAGCAGCCACAGCAGCCUCUCUACCCUCCCAGACAUGGGCUAGUUCCACCUCAGUCACAGGUGCGGCCAUUUCAUCAGACAGGGGAAGCACCUGCAGCCCCAUUACAGAGUGA